AUGCGCAUCCGUCUGAGAAUUUUGAACAGCGUACUCCACCUUCUCAAACUCAAAAAACAGUACAUUACUCGCUUCAAAGUGCGUUUCGAAAGGGAAAUCGACGAUCUCACUCACAAUCCAUUGUCAUCGUCUGCUCUUAAUGAGCUGCAAUUGACCAGGGCUCGUCGUGUCGUGAAUGCAUCGAAGGUCAUUCUGGGAAUGGGACCGCACGCUGUCCAUAUUGACCACAAAAAGUUCGAACUCUGGAGAUCCAUUCUUUUGCUCAACAACGUCUCUUAUAACAAAACACAACGAGACAUCAAAAACAAAGGACACAUUUUAUCUGAUCCAGCUCUGCAAUUACCAUCGAAGGGAAUCCGUCAUCGUUGA